CCAUAAAAAGUGGUUGGAUUUUCAUUACACUCGUUCAUCUCUUCCUUACAACGAACUGCGGAAACAUUCCUUGUGAGGUGAGAGUGAAGUUAUGUUAUAUUCAGCAACUAUUGAAUGAGGCAGAGUAGGAUGUGAAGAAUUAUGCAGAUCGUUGAGGAUCACUUAUCCACCGAGGCAAAACGAAAGCCGAAUUCUACAUUUGUUUUCUUAUUAUUCAUUCAAAACUUAUUCUUCUAAACUUUGACCUAUUUUUCGGCACAGUGAAGGAUAUACACUCAUGUUUUUCUUGCAGAUACUCCUCAAAGAGCAGAUAAUAUGUUUUGCUUAAUCUUGGAUUUCAGCUAUCUCAUUUCCAAUCACAUAUACCAUCAAAUCGACGGUAUAUACAAAAUUAAUUAUAAUAAUUUAUUCAAAAUAUUUCUACGUUUCUGAUUGGCUAAAAUCACACGCAUAAUUUAUCAUAAACAGCUACAGUUGACCAAAUUUGGAAAAAUCCAUCACCCCCGUCUCUUUAUCCGGCGUACCCCCCUCCCACCCCUGUUGGGGUAAAAAUUCGAACACUGAGGUGGAAUAAAGGGCUUAUGAGACUUUUAAGCCUUACUGGAGACCCGUCUUCUUUGAACGCUGAGGAGAAAGUUAGCUGUUGUCUUAGAAAACUGAGAUCACCAUAAGGUAUGUUUAUUCCUUUUAUUUUGCACAGAAAGGACGUAACAACAGUCAGGAUGCGGAUCGUUGUCGCCGUUUUCUUUUUGUUUUCCGUGGCAGUGGCAUUCAUACUAAAUGAGAAUCUCGCCCAGGAAGAUCCGAACUCUCCCGCUGAAGAGCACGAGUUAUUGAACGGCGAGGACGAAAAUAAGCUGGGUUUAUUAGAUGACGAAAACGAUGAACCGGGUUUGUCUGAUGACGAGGACGGAUUUGAGCCUGGUUUAUCAGAUCACAAGGAAGAAAAUGAAGCUGGUUUAUUGAAUUACAUGCAAAAUAAAAAGGUUAGGACAGUUGUAUGAGUCACUGGCCCCGAUGCAAAGCAUUGUAGCUUUUGAAGAAAUAUAUAACAAAUGCCCGAAUACCCGGGGCGGAGGGUAAAGGCCGUCACUAAGGAUGUUGUAUAUAAGCUUCUUGCCAUAACUCGAAGGCUCGUAGCCUACAGGAAGCAUACUAUCACAGGUUUAUUAAGGUCAACAUUCUUAUCUCCUUCACUUGUUUUGAUCACAUGUUCAAUAUCGGUGUGCGUGGUAGCUAAAGAUUAUAACUGGGUUGCUGAUAAUAUAAAAUACUUUUUUCUUAGGGUACGGAUACGUAGAUAUUCGAUCCAUUCGUCUACCAAAAGAAAAUGCAUAAUUUGAACUAGGGCUGGUCCGAAAAUAUGGAACAUGUACCAGAAUUUCCCAAAAAAAUUUUUAGACAGCCAAAAUUGAAACAGCCUUUUUUGAUUUUAGCAAGAAACUAAUGACCAUCUUGUUGUCAUCCAGAUCAAUGAAUAGAAUAAGCCUUAGUCAGUCACAUGCUCAAUAAAAUUGAUUAAAUUUAUAAAAUAUUUCCUCUCGAAGUGAGGUCUCUAAUUUGUCGGAAUUCGCGUCGCGCUUAGAUCGCUUUAUAGGUCGGUCGAGUCCAGUAGCUGCCAUUUGGUGUCCGCGGGUUGCCUGCGAGCAUCCUAGGUUUGUUUCUCCACACUUAAAUUUAAAUCGUUUAAAAAUGUUGUUUUUUAAACGGUUGGUUGAGUUGAAAUUUGUUCACACGAUAUACCACUGGCAUAAAUUAAGUAUGUAGCUUCCCUGAACCCAGUGGCGAGGCUGACGUCCAUCACGUUAAGAGUCCCGUGUUGCCACUUUUUUCAUCUUGAUUUCCACCGUUUACCUCUCUCCCCUAAACUUCGGAAGUUUCUGCGAGACACGCAUUUCUAUUUUUCGAAUUAAACUAGUACUAUGCACAUUCCCUUUUUGUGGCGGGACAUAUCAGUCAAUUUGCGUGGUCUGCCUCGGGUUUAAAUUGAUUUAUCAUUAUUUUUUACUGAUGAGCGUUAUUUUGUAGGUUGAAAACAAAGAGGGACGCGCUGCUAAUGAACACGACACUAAUCUGAGAUGCCCCUGUCUCCGUGUCUGUGGCAGCUGCAAUUGCUGCUUUGUUUAG